AUGAAAGGAGUAAUAGAUAAGAAAUACAGAAACAUAGCAAUAUACUCCAUUAUAGUUCUGGGUUUAGGAAUAACAAUUUUAUUAUUCUUUAUAACUGUGAGAGAGCAAGGACAUGAAGAUGAUAGCUCAGAAGAAAGCCAAUAUAACAUAGAAAGUAAUGAAAUGGAGUCAAUGCCAGAGCCGCCUAUGCUAGACGAUAGUAUAAACAGAAAUCCAAUACAUACUCCAGGGAUAGAGGAAAAGCAAAUAGAGCACGACACGAGUGAUUGUGAAUCAAUGUAUUACUCUGCUGAAUCUUGGAGUGAUAAAAACAAUAGUGUAGGAAUGGGCGGCAGAGUGGCAAAUAUAUUCUUAUCCAUAGCCAGUUAUAUAUAUUUGGCUUUUAAAGCCCCUUGGAAUUCAAACGAGAACUCUUAUUUAGAGGGCGCGGCAGAGAACAGAAAUAAACCCCUUUCUUAGUAUAUAGCAGAAGAGCCAUCAGUUUAAAAACUGCUUGCAAUAAAAUAUAAGAAUACUGGCGCGGCUGUUAAAUGGCGUGUAUUAUAUUACUUAUAAAGAUGGUAUUUUAAUUUAACCCCGCAUAGCGCAUAUUCUAGUAGGCUGCUAGAUAUUCCAAUACCCUGAUACAAUCUCUUUGACUGUAAAAAAUCUAUUAAACAUA